UGAAUGUGAAUUGUGAUUGAAGAUUGUGUCGGCUUUGCAAAUUAUAUUCAUUUGCCUGGUUAAUUUUUAAGUUUUGCAGAUAAUACUGUAAUACUAUCACUUUUAUUGUUUAUCACAUUAUUAAUGUUGCGAGUGGAAUACUAGGAGAAAAAUGCAACCUACAACAAUGCUUCCUAAACUUUCUGACACAACCCAAACUAUAUCAUUUUCCGAGGAAGAUGAUACAUGCAGCGCGGAGGUGUUCGCCACUGACGUUGUGGUCACUUCAAAUCUUGGCAAUCAUAACCAUGGGAGUUCCAAAGUCAAGCUUACGAAUCUCGUAGAUUACAACUGGGAGGCUAAGUUUUACCCUGGCCGGUUGAUAGACGUACACAAUAGUGGAAAAUAUUUGGCAUACUGUAUUAAGGCACCUAGUUCAGUGGAUGGUAUGGUUAGAGUCGUGUAUUUGGAGCCAGGUGUCAAUGAGAGAUCACUCAUCAAAGGGAUGAAAGGAGAGGUACAAGAUUUAGCAUUUGCAUUCAUACAGAAUCAAGUGCUGCUGGCCUGUAUCGAUGAACUGGGGUACAUUUACGUCCAUGAAAUUGAACUAAUAGAUAAUAGACUAAGAUGUACACUAAUGGUGGAAAUUCAAGAGGACACUGGCAUGGGUGGUUCUGCUCAUCUCCUUGCGUGGUGCCCGUAUAUACCUGACGAAGAGGAUGACUCCACAGAUGACGAUGUUGCUAAGAUGCUGCUCACAACACACUCUAAUGUUGCGCGUAUGUGGAACGUGCGCGAAGUAUGCGCGCUAGCCACGCCCACAACGGGGGCUACGCCCUCAGUGGCAGCGAGCACCGCACUAGCUCGGGGUGCAGGGCGUACGGCCGGCUCGCACGCGGCCCCGCUGCGGGCGGCGGCCUUCUCGCCGGACGGGACUGCGCUGGCGACCGCGGCUGAUGAUGGCUAUGUUAUGUUUGCGCAGGUAUACAUAAACAGUUCGACAAGUCCCCGCUGCCUGCACAAGUGGCAGCCGCACGAAGGCAAGCCUCUCACUUGCCUCUUCUUUUUGGACAACCACAAGAAUUAUAAUGCUGACGUCCAAUUCUGGAAGUUCGCUGUAACCGGGGCGGACAACAACACAAACAUAAAGAUCUGGUCCUGCAAAUCGUGGACCUGUCUCCAGAGCAUCACCUUCACACCACCGCUAGGAGCUGAACCGGCCCUCGGGAUGAAGGCUCAGCUCGAUAUCAGUGCUAAUUACUUGUUACUGUCGGACUUUAAAGCGAGGAGUCUCUAUGUGCUGAACAUGGCAAGAGACGGUGGGGAUAGCGCCGCGUAUUGUCGCAGUGUGGCCGAGUUUCUUUUGCCGUAUCAAGUGCUGGGAUUCUGUAUUGUGGAUGCCGAGGAGCAGGCAGUUAAAUGCGAGUCGCGUUGCGAAGACCCCUUCCACAGGAACGGUUCAGCCGCUGACGACUCACCCACUCACUUUGACUUACAUGACAACGACAUAACGUGCGCGGAUAUAGGUGCAGGUGCGAAACGCACCAGACUGCGGUUAUACCUCGUGCAGCCGAAGGGCCUUCAGGAGGCAGACCUGCUGUAUAUGCACCGCGCUCCUGAGACACACACACACGACAUGUUACAACUAGACGCAGACGUAGAAAGCUUAACACUAGAGGAGCCCACAGAGGACGAGAUGCCUGCAAAUAUAUUGCAACAGCAGACGCAGCAGCUGAAGAAUUUGCUGAUGAGAGCGCAGCCACAACCGAACAGCCUAAUCAAUCCUCGACCAGAAUCGCCGAGCAGCAUGCCGCAGCUGAAUUUGAUGACACCAGAUGCCUUUAGUUCGCCGGGCAAGCGUGAUGAAGAAGAAGUGGUUGUGACAGCACAAGAGAAUGGGAAUCCCCUACUGGCUGCUGAGUGCGAAGAAGAGGUGUUGGUUAGCGAGGGAUCGGUCAAGCAGGUGUCGGGUGGCUCAUCACCAAGUAGAGAAGUGCAGCAAAUUAUGUCGCAUAAUGACUAUUACAAGGAGGAAGAAGAAGAGGAAUCACAACCAUCUCCCGAGGAGGGGGAGACCACUUUCCCCGCAGACUUGUAUGUGUCACCCGAGAAACCACCGCCGCCAGCUAAAUUACAACAUUCGAAUAGCGACGUAUCCUGGCCUCAAAUAUCGCUAGCUCAGAUAACAGAAGCGAAUCAACGCAAGGCUUCAAGUGAUAAAACUAGCCAACCGCUACCGGCGCCGCCUGUACCUGUGGAUGACGUCACGAGAGCUAAAUUAGAUGCGCUCGAAGAGAAGAUUGAUAAAUUGACAGAGCUAGUGACAGCGCAGUCCCGCGAAGUGCGAGCAGCACGCGGCGAAGCGCGCAGUGCGCGGGAGCAGCUCGAGCGCGUGCUGCACGACCACGCGCAACAAGCUAACGUCGCUAUGGAGACGGCGUUUGCUAACGGCUGGGAACGUAUAGCUCGUAUCGGUGAAUCAGCCGGUAUAAGCGCGGCACAAGCUGCAGGACUUGGUGCUACUCGAACAUUGGAACAGCUUUCUACUAACCUACAACGGGAAGUUGCUACCAAGCUGGCCGCUACUGAUCAGAUGCUGCGGACUAAUAUUGACAAAAUCGCUAAUAGCAAGGUGCUAGCGGACCGUCUGAGCAGCCUGGUGGCGGGCGCGGUGGGCGAAGCAGCGCGGGCUGCUCUGCGCGACGCGCUGCUGGAGCAGGCGCUGCCGCUGAUGGAGAAGGCCCACGCGCAGGUGUUCCGCCAGAUCAACCAGGCGUUCCAGGCCGGCACUAAGGAGUUUGCAGCGAACACAGAAGCGGCAGCGCGCGCAGCAGCGGAACGCGGCGGCGCAGCAGCGGCUGCUUCGCUCCGAGCAGCGCUGGAGCAGCACGCGGACGCGCUGGCCCGCGCCGCGCCGCUGCACCCGCAGCACUUCGCCGCGCAGCUGCAGGAGGUCGCGCACAGCGUAUUAGAAAAGGAGAUGAGUUGGUGGCGUGAACAAGCGCGUAGUGUUGCGCAAGCUUCACGCGCGCAUUCGCCCGCCACGCCUGCACUCUCAUUGGCUGAUAGACAGUUGCAAGUGAGCCAGAUCCAAUCCCUCAUAAUGAACGGGGACGUGAACGGCGCGUUCCAGCUCGCGCUAUCCGCAUCAGACCUGAGCCUCGUAGUUGGAGCCUGUAGGGGAGCAGAACCGGCGCGCGUGUUCGGGCCGCCCUGCAGGCUGAAGCAGCACGUGCUGCUGUCACUCGUGCAGCAGCUCGCGGCGGACAUGGCACGGGACACGCACCUGAAGCAGCGAUACCUGGAAGAAGCGGUAAUGAACUUGGAUACAACCAACCCCGUAACCCGAGAGCACUUACCCACAGUGAUCCGCGAACUCCAGAAGCAGAUCCUCUCCUUCCUACAGGCGAACCCUGGCCAUGGGCUCACCAGGCAGUUCCGCAUGCUGCUGAUGGCCACAGAGGCCCUGGUGAAGAACACCGCUUGACAAACUUGCUGCCACUGUGCCUGUGCACGAUACUCAGUGACAUAAGUGUUAAGUGACAAGUGACAAAGUGCUAAGUGACAAAGUGUUAACUAAGUGACAGUGUUCAAGGGAAUAAAACUGUUUAUGAAGGACAAUGAUGAUAAUUGAAACUGAUAUGGAGUUAUAGUAGUUGAUUUGUUGGAAAUUGGGGGGUGCCAAAUCUCGUCAAAGAUUAAGCAACUGUGCAGAUGUUAAUGUGUCUUGAUUAAAAUGGACUUGAUAUGAUUAGCAAAGUGAUUGUGGCAAUUUGAAAAGUUAUAAACUGAUUAGACUUUAUAUUGAUAUUAUUUUGUGCUGACUGCUUUUGAUAUUUUGUUUAAAUAUAGUAUAAGACGUGUAUAUAUAUGUCUAUUCAUGUAUAAGUGCCUCAUUUAGAAUCUAAAUAAAGAUUUUUUUUCUAUAUUGUUUUGACCUAACGGUGGUAUUAAUGUGCUUUUUUCCUUGACAUUACAUUUAAUUACUAUAUUUACAAAAAUACAGUUAAAUAUUUUUGUACUUUUUUUAUAGUCAACAAUAGCCUUUAUUCUGCUGUUCCUAUUUUGCUUAUUAAAAAAAUAAUUUUUGUUAGCUUUUUACGAAAAAAGAAUACUGAACUUUGACAAAUCAUUAACAAAAUAUACAUAACCAAUUUUUCUUUGUGUCUUGUGAAAAAAUUGCCACCAUACAAACUCUUAAACUUAUGAGCCAAGACUGGUAAUUUACAUGUAAUUACUAAAAAGAACAAUACAAUACUCAAGUCAUACUAUUUGUAACUAUGUAUUUUGAAAACAUAUCUAUGAUAAUAACAAAUUUCAGUAAAAUUGUUCAGUAGUGUAAUAAUAAUAAAUAAUGAACAUGGCAACCCACAUUAUUCUAUAUAUUCAUGUUAAUCGCUGAAAAGUGUAUAUUAUUUUUAACCGACUUCAUAAAAGGAGGUGGUUUUUGUAAAUAAUUGUCCCUGUUUUACUUAAAUAUACAUUCAGUAUUAA